UGAAAUUCUUGUGUGGGGAACUUUGUAUUAAUUGUUGAUGCACUUGCAGCUCCUAUGCUGUUGUGGCCAACCAUUACUCUGCUCUUCUUAUUCCUGUUGCCCACCUGUUCAAGUCAUUCCAGUUUGAGUGACCUCACCAAGCCCAGACAUGAACUAAUUACAGCACACAAUGGUGUUGUUACCACCGAUGAUGGCCGGUGUUCAAGAAUUGGGAGAGAUAUUCUCAAGGAAGGAGGUAAUGCUGUAGAUGCAGCCAUUGCAGCUGCCCUUUGCUUAGGUGUUGUGAGCCCAGCAUCAAGUGGCCUUGGGGGUGGUGCUUUCAUGCUGGUCAGAUUAGCCAGUGGGAAGGUAGAAGCAAUGGAUAUGAGAGAAACUGCUCCUCUACAAGCUUCCCAGAAUAUGUAUGGUGAAAAUUCUGCACUGAAAGCUAGUGGUGCACUUUCUAUAGCAGUUCCAGGGGAACUUGCUGGCCUUCACAAAGCUUGGAAACAACAUGGGAGGCUUCCAUGGAAAAGGCUAGUAAGGCCAGCAGAAAAUCUUGCUCGAAAAGGGUUCAAGAUAUCUCCAUAUCUCCACAUGCAGAUGAAUAAAUCAAAAUCAGGGAUCUUUGCUGACAAGGGACUUCGUAAUAUUUUCACAUCAAAUGGGAGCCUACUGCAGCCAGGAGUUAUCUCCCACAAUAGAAAACUAGCAGAGACACUCAAAACCAUUUCAAUAUAUGGCCCAGAUGCAUUCUAUAAUGGUUCAGUUGGGCACAGUUUGGUUAGAGAUGUGCAGAAGUUUGGAGGAAUACUGACCAUGCAAGACCUGGAAAAGUAUCAAGUUAGAGUGAAGGAGCCAAUCUCAGCAAAAAUCUCUGGACUUGAGAUACUAAGCAUGCCUCCUCCAUCUGGUGGUGCUGCAAUGAUACUUGUUUUAAACAUUCUUGCUCAAUAUGGAUUCCCUCAGGGUGUUUCUGGCUCACUGGGGAUCCAUCGGCAAAUUGAAGCACUGAAACAUGCAUUCGCAGUGAGGAUGAAUCUUGGUGAUCCUGAUUUCGUUAAUGACUCACAAGUUCUAUCUGAUAUGCUCUCUCCCAAGUUUGCAGAAGAGUUGAAGAAAACCAUAUUUGAUAAUAUGACUUUCGGACCUAGUCAUUAUGGUGGCAGGUGGAACCAAAUCCAUGACCAUGGCACUAGUCAUAUGUCCAUAGUAGAUAGUGAGCGAAAUGCCGUCUCCAUGACUUGCACUGUAAACUCUUACUUUGGGGCACUGUUUCUAUCGCCAAGUACCGGAAUAGUGCUUAACAAUGAAAUGGAUGAUUUCUCAAUGCCUGUCAAUGCUUCUUCUGGUCUUCCACCAUCUGCUCCUGCCAAUUUUAUUAGACCAGGCAAAAGACCAUUAUCUGCUAUGAGUCCUACCAUUGUCCUCAAGGACAAGCAACUGAAAGCAGUUGUUGGUGCAAGUGGGGGAGCCAUGAUCAUUGCUGGAACAACAGAAGUGUUCUUGAAUCAUUUUGCCAGGGGAAUGGAUCCACUCUCUUCUGUUAUGGCUCCAAGGUCUUAUCAUCAGCUUAUUCCUAAUGUGUUAUUGUAUGAGAAUUGGACAACUGUCAUCGGUGACCACUUUGAAGUUCCAGCUCAUACAAGGGCAGACCUACAGAAGAAGGGCCAUGUCCUACAGAGCCUAGCUGGUGGGACUAUAUGCCAGAUUGUAGUGCACAGGUUGGAAGGUUUGAAAUCAAAAGGAGGGGUAAUCUUUGGGGAGCUUGUAGGUGUAAGUGAUCCAAGAAAAGGUGGCAUUCCAGCUGGCUUUUGAACUGUGAGAUAGCCUUUAUAAU